UUUAACAUAGAAGAAAACCAACGACAAUUUGCCCAUGCAGUGUAUUUGUGUGUUCUAUACAGUUAUUACAUUAAACAGUGAUUAUUUCCAUAAACAUCAUUAACUCCUUAACUUUCAAGCUCCACCACCCCUAACAACACCCAGGCUGAUGGUGGUAAAUGCACUUGCACAUUGAAACCCACGCCACUUGUCAAAGUACUAUCAAACAGGUAGUGGACUGUAUUAUGUGGAAGACCAUUCUUCUCACUAAAUGUUGGUGUGACACACCUGUUGACAGAAAUUCUGUGCCAGUUGAUUAACAGUGAGCAGAUCUUUUCAGCUGGCAAUUCUAAAACAACUACCCUCAAGCCACUCUAGUCAGUAGGUGGCAUUUUAGGACUUUAAAGGGUUGAAGAGUUGGUGUUCAGGUGCAGUGUCUUUUCAAUGAGGAAUGAACAGUUUUUAAAUGUUAUUUAGAUUUGCUUGCUAGAGAAUUUUACAAUGGGUUCCGUUACACCAGAGGAGGCCGUGGCUGAUGCAAUGCAGCUGUACGACCAGCAAGGCUGCCUGCAUGAACAGUUUGUGAGACAAGCAAAGGCCUUACCUGAGGCUAUUGCUGUUGUUACUCACAAUGGGAUGAAGGUCACUUACAGUGAGCUGGACCAGAUGAGUGAGGAGCUCGCCAUCAAGUUGCGCCAUAUAGGGGUGAGGAACAACAUUGUGGUCGGCAUAUUGAUGGAGCGCUGCCUGGAAUAUGUUGUCAGUUAUAUUGCCAUCCUGCGAGCAGGUGGGGCCUAUAUGCCCCUUGAGGUGUCCUACCCAUCACAGUUGCUAACGGUUGUUCUGGAAGACUCCCAGCCCACAGCUGUGUGUACUAAGGCCCCAUUCUUGGAACGUCUGGCUGGUUCCUCCACCUUGCCAGUCCUAUUGGAUGCUGGAUGGUUUGACAGAGUGCAGGAAGAGAACAGCCAGCUGAGUCCUCUCAAGAACACCGUCCAGGUGUCUUUGGAUGACAUGGCAUUCACUGCCUAUUCAUCUGGGACCACAGGAAAGCCCAAAGGCAUUCAGUGUCCGCACCGGGCUGCUGUGUUUUCGUUCUACUGGCGCCAUAUUGCGUACCCAUAUGGUGAAGACGAGCGAGAGGCAUGCAAUAUUUUCUUUGUGUGGGAAAUGCUUCGUCCAUUGUUGAGAGGAGUGCCAUUGUACAUCAUCCCAGAUGACGUGAUAUAUGAUCCACCGCAGCUGGCCCGUUUCCUUGUGGAACAUCGCAUCACACGCAUGCUCUUCACUCCAUCACUACUGCAGGCUGUUCUUGAUUUCAAGGGACUGCACCUCAACAAGGCUUUCCGGUUCAUGAGGCAGGUGUGGCUGUGUGGUGAGGUGGUAACAAGGAUCUUGCGGGACCGGUUCAUUCAACUGUUCCCACAUGUUCAGCUCCUGAACCUGUACAGCAUAUCAGAGUGCCAUGAUGUUGCCUGCUCCGAUCUGUCCCUGGGAAAGUUACCUUCGGUGCCCUGCAAACUCUGUCCUGUGGGAAAGCUGCUCCCUUUUGUGCACGUCCUUGUGAUGGAUGACAAGCAGAAUGUGGAGCCUGUCGGUGUCAGGGGAGAGAUAUACAUUAAAGGACCGGCACUUGCAAUUGGGUACUUGAAUCGACCUGAACUGAAUGCGGAGAGGUUCAUUACCUAUCGAGAACAUGGCCGGCUGUACCGAACGGGAGACUGGGGCUAUAUGCUUAGUGAUGGGAGCCUGGAAAUAUGUGGACGGUGUGAUUCCAUGGUGAAGAUACGGGGCUACAGCAUUGAGACUCAGGCUGUAGAGGCAGCGCUUUUGGAACUCCCAAUGGUAAACGCUGGCUAUGUUUCGGUAGAAGGAGAUGAGGGCUCCGACAAGUUCCUGGUGGCUUACAUCGUGUCUGAAGGUAAGGUAACCCAGAAGGAAGUGCGUGCUGCCCUGAAGAACAGGCUUCCAUUCUACAUGAUACCAUCCAGGUUCAUCUUUAUCAACAGCAUCCCAUUGUUGGAGUCAUCAGGAAAGCUUGACAAGAAAGCUCUCUCUGUGAUGUUGGAGGCAGGCAACAACAAUUAUCUCAGCCCACACGAUCUGCAUUUGACACCCUUGGAGCACCAACUAGCUGUUAUCUGGGGCAGAGUGCUGAAACUGAAUGUCAUUGAUGUACAUGAGAACUUCUUUGACCUUGGAGGACACUCGCUGCUUGCCACUCACCUUGUCAGUGAAAUUAAUGAGCAUUUGGGCAUCCAGCUUCAAAUAUAUGACGUGCUACAGCAUCCCACGGUGCACUCCUUGGUGAACUUUAUUGAGAAGCCGACAGAGACCAGCUCUGAUGUCACACUGGAUCUGCCAGCUGUGGUAGAGAGACAUGCCCAGGACAAGGCUCCGUUGGACAUCCACCUACGAGCAUUCUGGCGUUCCUUAGAGUACCCCAUCUCCUCCAGUUGGUGCCCUGAGAGAAUUCUCCUGACGGGAGCAACUGGAUACCUUGGGGCAUUCGUUCUUAAGGAGCUGUUGCAAAAUACAAAGACAGUGGUAUACUGCCUUGUUCGGGAGUCACUGGGGUUCACUGCAAUGGAUCGAAUAUGCAGUUCCCUUCAAAAGUUUGGCAUUUCAGAGCUUGACGAGAAGUUGGAGCUGAGGAUUGUGCCCAUUAAAGGUGAUGUCUCCCUUCUGAACCUGGGAAUGAGCGAGGAGGACUAUGUGUGCCUCUCUUACACAGUUGACUCCAUCAUCCAUGCAGCUGCUACUGUCAACCUGGUGCGCCCAUACUCUGCACUCUACAGCACCAACGUACUGGGGACAGCAAACAUUCUUACGUUCGCUAUGGGUCACAAGAUAAUGCCUGUCCACUACAUCAGCACAAAUGCAGUGUUUCCAGAGGGUCUGCAGAACUGCAGAGAGGAUGCCAACAUGUUAGCCUAUGCUGACAAGCUGCGCAGUGGCUAUGCGCAGACAAAAUGGGCGGCCGAGCAGCUAGUGAUGCGUGCACAGGACAGGGGGCUUCCUGCUGCUGUCUACAGAUGUGGCAACAUUGGAGGGUCACGGGAGGAGGCGAGCUGGAAUCCAGCUGACUUCACAUUGCUCAUGCUGCAGGGUUGCCUGUACACAAAGAUGACUCCUGACAUUGAUUGGCAGAUUGAGCUAUCCCCAGCUGACUUUGUGAGCAGAGUGAUUGUGGAGGUGUCGCAGGAUGUGCUUCACUCUCUUGGCAAAGUAUUCCACAUCAUCAACCCAUGCACGAUGAAUUGCCGUGACUUGUGGCAGCUGUUGAGGUCGCAGGGUUACCAACUAGACUUGGUGCCGUAUGCUGACUGGUACCAAAAAGUGAAAGAGACCGCCAGGAGCACCAGUGAGCACUCAGCAACCCUGGCCAACCUGCUGUACCUUCUCGAUGCUCUUGUUAUUGGCCCGGACUCCCUCAGCAAGUACUCCACAUUUGCACAGACAAAUCUGCAGGCCUCCCUUCAGAUGCAUGGCCUCACUUACCCUCCUGUCGACUCAGCACUGAUGCAUACAUACAUCAGUCACCUGACAUCAAUCGGCCUCAUCCCACACCCCACCAGGGGCCAACAGAACACUGCUUGUUUGCUUCAUGGAAAAGUGGCACUAGUAACUGGGGCCUCAUCAGGCAUUGGAGCAGCCAUAGGUGAGCACCUGGCUGCAGCUGGAGCUAAAGUGGCACUAGCUGCACGUCGGACAGACAGACUGAAGGACCUGGAGGCCCAGAUUGCACGACGGGGUGGCACAGCUGUAGCUAUUACAAUGGAUGUGUGUGAUGAACGGCAGGUGCACGAUGGUGUGAAGCUCGCAGAAUCGCUGCUAGGACCGGUGGAUAUUCUGGUGAACAGUGCUGGGGUUCUGUACUACACGUUGAUGAAGAAUGUCCAUGUUGAGGAGUGGCAUAUGAUGGUUGACGUGAAUGUGAAGGGUGUUCUCAACUGUGUCGGGACCAUUCUAGGCAGGAUGGUGGAGCAAAGACGAGGCCAUAUUGUGAACAUCAGUUCUGAUGGUGGCCGCAAGGGGUUUCCUGGCCUGGCAGUGUACUGCGGAACAAAGUUCUUUGUGGAGGGCUUGUCACAGGCAAUGCGUCAGGAAGUGGCAGAGUUUGGGGUCAAGAUUACCUGCAUCCAACCUGGAGAUGUUAAGACAGAACUGUUUCAGAGGACCACUGACCUGGAGGCACAAAAGAAAUAUGAGAUGGUAGGCAAGAUGAAGGUGCUGGAACCAGGAGACAUAGCUCAGGCAGUGCUGUAUGCUGUAACCCAGCCAGAAGUCUGUGCAGUCAACGAGAUCCUAGUGGAGCCUCAGGAGGCCCCAAUAUAAUGUGCAUCAGCUGACUGCUGUUCACAGCAGUAAGUCUUCCAUAAGUAAAGCCACCAAAAGAUUACAGUCUUCUGAAAUGUCUUGUUGUGUAGUGCGGUAGAAAGUUACUGACGUUUAAGAGGGAUCUGCUGCCUCCAUCUUCAAGGUUGAAGAUCCUUCUACCCCAAAUAUGGAGAGAGCAAGUUCCUCCUAAAAAUUUUUAACUACCUAUCAGAUUGUUUAGAAGCAUACACCAUAAGCCAAUAACCUUCAUACUAGGCAUUGUAGUACCCUCAGCCUCAUAAAGCAACAUGAGGUUGAUGUAGAGAUGUGUACGCACAAAAACUUGCAUUAUGUUAAACAACAAAUUUUGAAUCAAAACUUUCAUUUUUAGUCCCUGAUCUUGUGGAGACUGUUGCUGUCACAAAUGAGAAGAUCCAAGAAGACUGAAUGAAUAUUACAAUGUACCGAAUUUUGUUUCUUGUUCAUGAGGUCAUGGGUUCAAAUCGUGCCCUACCUGGCUGUCUUGACAUGUUUUUACAACUUCAAUAAUUUCCUCCUUGCAACUGCCCUCAUAAUACAGUAUCAUGAAACAUGCACUGUUUGAUGUUUUUACACACUUCCCAUUCCUCUUCCUCAGCCACAUAUUCAGCAUAACUUCAUCAACUGACUUGUCCACUUGUACCUGUGUUACAUUUUAUGGAUUUUAAAUAAAGUAUGAAUUGUGAACUGCUUAAACCGUGUC